UUUUACAUUCUUUAUUAAAUUAAAUUUUGUUUAUGCUGCUAUUAACACAAACAUUGGCCUCAUUAUGGAAUCAAUAUUGUGGUUGAGAGCAAGGACGUCUCCACCACACAACUUCAUUUGCAGCGAAGGGGGACCACCUUCCAAGCCAUAAACGUGAUGAGUGGAGUCGAUCACUUCACUUCCAACCCAUAAACACUUAAUGGAUCAGCUGGGUGCUUCGAACCUCAGUGAAGAAUUUCAGAAUCUUGACAUGGAUUCUAAUUCCAAUCAGGUUGUAGCUCAAGAUCCUAGCCCAGCCCAGACCUCCAACCAAGCUGCAAAUGGAGAUGGCAGCCACACUGUCAUCACGGGCAUGGAUGCGGACGUGUACAAGGCGGCAGCAAAGGGGAACAUUGAAGUCCUCGAAAAAAUUUCAGAUCAUGACUUACUAGUCCAUUUAACCCCAAAGCAUAACACAAUACUCCACAUCGCUGCCCAGUUCGGUCAACUGGAGUCUGUGAAUUUGAUCCUUAGGUUGCCUUCAUCUUCAUCUCUACUGCUACACCCUAAUCUGAAAGGGGACAUUCCGCUUCACCUUGCAGCAAGGGAAGGGCAUUUGGAUGUUGUGAAAGCUCUUUUAGACGCUGCCACAGAUAUUGAAACUGGGCUUGAAGCAGAUAAGUUGAUGUUGAGGAUGACAAAUAAGGAGAAAGACACAGCCUUGCAUGAGGCAGUGCGAUAUGGCCAAUAUUCUUUGGUGAAGUUAUUGAUUGAGAAAGACCCUGAGUAUACUUAUGGUGCUAAUGUUUCUGGUGGGACUCCUCUUUACAUGGCUGCUGAGAGAGGAUUUACCAGAAUAGUGCAAAUUAUCCUAGACAAAAGUCACAAAACUCGCACUUCACCAGCCUACAGUGGCUUCAUGGGUAGAACGGCCUUGCAUGCUGCUGUACUCUGCAAUGACCAAGAAAUGACCGACGCGAUAUUGAAAUGGAAUCCAGCUCUAACUAAGGAAGUGGAUGAGAAAGGGUGGUCUCCACUUCACUGUGCUGCAGAGAGAAAUUGUCAUCCAACAAUUGUGAGGCAACUGCUAGAGAAUUCAGAUAAGAGUGUAGCAUAUCUUGGGAUCAAUGAUGGUAACAAGACUGCCCUUCAUAUUGCAUCUUUCCACCAUCAUAAAAACAUAAUAGAGGAGCUCCUAUCUCACUAUCCAGAUUGUUGCGAGCAAGUCGAUAACGACGGCCAUAAUGUUUUUCACUUUUCCCUGAUGAAAAAGGGAGACCAUGAUUAUAAGCCUAGUGAUUACUUUCAAAAUGAAUGGUUAAGAGCCAGAGGACUUGUAAAUGAGAAAGAUGGUCAAGGAAACACACCCAUCCACUUGCUCUCUUCUUAUCAAAUUUCAGAUUUUCGGUUCUUAUUCGAUUGGAAUGUGGAUAAGAAGGCGUAUAAUAGCAAAAACUUGACAGCUUACGACAUAAUUUCGAGGGCCAAGAAGGACAGUUCCAAGAAAAAGGAUGUGAUCCAAGGUGCCUUCGAGAUGGUUAUGCCUGAAACUAGAUCUUGGUUUUGGGAGAGGGAAACUAAGAAAUUAGUGAAAUACUUGACAGUUAACGACGGGAUCGAGGAGAACAUUUUUGGGAAAAAUGUAAGGCUUCCACAUCACUUCAGUUAUAUGUUUGAGUUCAUUUGAACGAAAAGAUAUAUUUUCUUUGAAAUAUGCUAUGUUUUGUUACUCUUAAAUAUGUUUGGAAAUAAGAUAAAU